AUGCAUCGCUUGAUACAGGUCUCUGGCCGUUUACCUCCUUUUAGCUUUCGGGGGCGCGGCUAUGACGAAAGCGGAAGAGGGCCGCGCUACGGGUCGCCAGAGGGCGGGCGCUGGUCGCAGCGUCAGAGCCGGAGUCGGGCCUUGGAUCGCCGGCCGGGGGACGAGGCGGCGGCGCGGGGAAUGGAGGAGAAGGAGCAGCUGAAGCGCCAGAUUCGCCUGCUCCAAGGUCUCAUCAAUGACCAUAAAAAUGUCCAUGGGGAUGUGCCAGUUCCUCCUCCUGCCCCAACGUCGAGGUGGAGAAACCCCCGACCUCCUGCCUUUAACACCCAUGGGGCGUUCUCUGCAAGGUAUGCCCAGCAAACCCAGAGAGAUUUCCCGGCUUGCCCAAGCAGUGCCAAUGCCUGGAGAAAGAAGUAUUCGCUCGUCAAUGUACCACCUCGGCUGACACUUUCUUCAGGAAGCAAUGUUCCUGCAUGCACUUCUCGGAUCCUCCCAAGCCACACGGUUGCUGAGGUGGCUGAGUCACAGCCAAUGAUUUCAGGAAGAAAUGUGGGCUUCAGAGUAGCUGCUGGCCCAGCCGUGAGCCAUGCUGCUGGCCCAGCCGUGAGCCACACUGCUGGCCCAGUGUUGGCUUUUAGAGGGCACAGAACUAGCACUGCUGGCCUUGCAAAGAGUGGCUCAAAGGAGAGCAAAGAAUCAUGUGCCUCCACCUUGCCAGACGUAUUGCACUGCAGAACCUCUUCCAGGAAUGACGCACCUGCAAUGUGUGGGAUGGGAAUCGUGGCUGCGAAAGGGGGGCAGGGGGCAUCUAAAGUGGCUCCAGACUUGUGCAGGACGACCAGUGAGAGCGCUGUUGCGUUGAAAUCGGAGCCUCAGCAGCCUCUGACCUUGCCUAAUCAUGAAUCGGAUUAUCUGUCAGCACGAAAGAAACCAGCAUCAAACCUUCCCACUCUGUAUAGCUCACAGCAAGUGGCUUCUGUGAUGGAUAAACCAAACUCAUCAAGGGCUGCUGAUGCAUCUCUGGCAUGUGCUAAUUCGGCCUGGGAAGCAUCUUCGGCUGUUGAGACGACUCUCCUGAAGAAUGAGAAUUCAGUACCUGUCCUUCAGAGGUCCCCUGCCUCACCUGCCUCUGUCAAAUCCUUGAGGUUCAGGAGAACCAACUACACGUGGGUGGCAAACUCGUGUAAAUCCCUCAGAACGGUGAAAAGAUAUGCAACUUCUAGAGCCCCUGAAAAUGCCCGCAAGUUUAGUGCAGGUGUGGAGCCAGUGUCCAGGUUACACCCAAGGGGGGACUUGGGAACCAAGCAAAAGAAAUCUAGCCUGCAUUCGAAACUGGGGAUUUCGUCUAGUCAGUAUAAGUGGAAGGCGUUUAGUCUCCAGCCUUCUCCUUCCACUUCUGCAUUUACAUGGCAGCGUAAGGAAUGCGGUGGGGCUGCUUUUCCCCUCCCUGUGGGAGCCAGUUCUUCACUUCAGCCUGUGAGACGCGGGCCUCUUGGUCACGGUAAUCCAAAAUCCUUCUCUGGAAAUACAAGCUUUUUAAAUUAUAAAUUGAAGAGCCGGACCAAAAUCAUCAAGAGAAAGGGGAGUUUCUGCUCUCCGUCUGAUAAAAGAAGCACAGCUGCCCCUGCCAUGCUUCUGAAAAGCCGCUAUUGCCUCAGGAAAAGAAAUUCCCCGAGGGGAAGGACCUCUCCAGCCGCCAAGAGAGCUGGGGCGAAGGGCCUUGUUCAGAUCGGCAAGCACAGGUUGCGUCGACUGCCUGCAUCCCGCUCAGCCAAAGAAGUUCUGCAAAGUGUGACGUGCCAGUUCCCGAGGAUGCACACCCGAACAUGUUGGUGCAGUGUGCCCAGCCUCACCAUCGUGGUAUGUGGCGUGUGCGUACAGUGUGAACGGGCUGGGAGCGUCCUCUUCGUGUUUUCUCUCGCUCGGCGUGCUGCUGCGCGUGGAGGCACCCCACCACCACGACGGCUGCGGCCCCCAGGGCCCGGCCGUCAGUGGCGGGAGGCAGCUUUCGACCUCACACCGCUCGCCGUGGGCGAGCUGCGGUUGCAGGUGGUGGAGCCCUUCGAAGUAGGUGGCUUGGAGAACGGCUGCUCCCCCCUCCCCCUCGACCCGCUAGCCUGA